CAUUUUCAAACCGCCGGUUCGCCGCCCCUGUCUCCGCUGCCGCCAUUUUCGGCCCAGCGGAAGCGGCGCGGCCUGGUCCGGUCCCCGCCUUCCCCGGCGCGACGUGUCACCAUGGAGGCAGAGCCCGUGGGCCACAACCCCCCUCGACGGAGACGAGGCAGGGCCAGUGCUGGAGCCCGCGCCAGCCGCUCGCCCCCGGCCGACAGCACUCCCGGUGCGGCCGCCUCCUGCAGCCGGUACCCUCUGAGACGAGGCAGCUCCUUCACGUUUCUGACUCCGGGAUCACACUGGGACUUCACUCUGAAGAGGAAGCGCCGAGAGAAAGAGGAUGAUGUGGUCAGUCUUUGCAGCCUUGACUUUAAGGAGCCGAGCAAUAAGCGGGUUCGACCUUUAGCACGGGUCACGUCUCUGGCGAACUUGAUCUCUCCUGUAAGAAAUGGUGCAGUUCGGCGCUUUGGGCAGACAAUACAGUCAUUUGCCCUUCGCAGCGACAAGUCUCCCAGCUGUGCCCAGAAGUCAUGUAGCAGAUCUGCUGCUCCUACCCCUCCUAAAAGGAGAAACAGUGUGCUUUGGUCUGAAACGUUAGAUGUCAACAUGAAAGAAUCCCUGAGCACCAAAGAAAUUAAACGCCAGGAGGCAAUAUAUGAAAUGUCCAGGGGAGAGCAGGACCUCAUCGAAGACCUCAAGCUUGCCAGAAAGGCCUAUCACGAUCCCAUGCUGAAACUCUCCAUCAUGUCCGAGGAGGAACUCACCCACAUAUUUGGAGACUUGGAUUCUUAUAUUCCUCUGCAUGAAGACUUGUUGGCAAGUUUAGGAGAAGCGACCAAACCAGAUGGAACAGUGGAGCAGAUUGGGCCCAUUCUUGUGAAGUGGUUACCGCGACUCCACGCCUACAAAGGUUACUGCAGCAAUCAGCUGGCGGCCAAGGCACUUCUGGAUCAGAAGAAACAGGACCGGAGGGUGCAGGACUUCCUGCAGCGCUGCCUCGAGUCGCCUUUCAGCCGCAAGCUGGACCUUUGGAGCUUCUUGGACAUUCCUCGAAGCCGCCUGGUCAAAUACCCGCUGCUCCUAAAAGAGAUCCUGAGGCACACCCCCAAAGACCACCCCGAUAUCCAGAUUCUGGAAGAAGCCAUAUCUAUAAUCCAAGGAGUCCUCUCCGACAUCAACCUGAAGAAGGGCGAGUCGGAGUGUCAGUAUUACAUUGACAAGCUGGAAUACCUGGAUGAGAAGCAGAAGGACCCAAGGAUUGAAGGCAGCAAAGUUUUACUGUGCCACGGCGAGCUGAAGAAUAAAAAUGGACAUAAACUCUACGUUUUCCUCUUCCAAGACAUCCUGGUUUUGACCCGACCGGUCACUCGCAACGAGCGUCAGGCCUACCAAGUGUACAGGCAACCCAUCCCUGUCCAGGAGCUGCUGCUGGAAGACCUGCAGGACGGCGACGUGAAGAUGGGAGGAUCCUUCCGAGGAGCUUUUGGCAAUUCCGAUAAAGCUAAAAACAUCUUCCGAGUUCGUUUCCAAGACCCCUCCCCAGGCCAGUCCCACACUCUCCAGGCUAACGACGUCUUCCACAAGCAGCAGUGGGUUAAUUGCAUCCGAACCGCCGUCGCUCCCUUCCAGCGAACUGCGGCCGCCGCCGAGCUCAAGGAGCUGCCGGAGCUGAGCGAAGAGUCGGAGGAGAACAACCCCUCGGCGUCCAACGUCAGAGCGCACAAGAGGCAAUCGGCCGGCGUCGCCGAGAUGGAGCUGGAUGAAAACGCAAGCGAGUGCGGCUCCAUCCUGGACUCGGAGGAAGCCAAGGGCGCCAAAACGCACAGGACGUCGUUCGGACACAGAAAAACGAGGGAGAAGCAACUGAGCGGGAAGCGGAAAGAAACGCUGGUGUAAAGAGGAGCCCAGAAAGAUCCUGGCGGAAGACUGUUUAUUUAUAAAUAACGUGUACAUUUUUCUCGUAAUGUGAGCAUGAUUGGAUCCACUCUACUGAGCAGAAUAUUUUUGUUGUUCUUUUUUCAUGUUGUAAGGGCAGCUACCUGGUAUACAGUUAAGACUGUCGAUCUGGAGUCUGUUUUUACAAACAUUAGCCACUUUGAACCUGGUUUUAAUGCUGUGAGGGAGCAAUUCGGGAGCCCUCGUGCUCCUGACGGCUCGUGGUAGGUUUGAAGAGCGCGCUUGGUUUCUAAAAGGUUUCCACCCGCCGCGUUUGAGGCUGGAAAACCAUAAAGCGCAAGUUUGGGCCUGGCAGCGCCUCCCUUUGCAGAGGGUUCGGUCAGCACUGCGAGACUCAACCUGAAUCCAUGUGGUUUCCUCUUGUACAGCGCAUGUUUUGCAGUGUGUUUAUCACAAUCCAGGCAACUUUUCACCUUAAAAAAAGAAGAAAACAAAAAGAAAACAGACCCCAGGUUCAACAGGUUCUCAAUUUACCUACUGGAAUCUUUCAUCUUCCUGUGUCCUUUGUACAUUCCUCAUUUUCCCUCUUGUAACCUGCCAGCUAUUUAAGUUUUUUUUUUUUAAUUAGUUUCUCGAGUUCGUUUGGGGUUAUUUUUUGGUUUUCUUUCUUUUUUUAUACUUUUGUAUGUUGUCGUUGUUCAGACUUGGCAUUUCCUUUCACGUACUCGACCCUCCUCGCUCGGGGGGGUGCGCGUUCGUACCGCUCCUCGCGUCACCUUCCGGGGCCGGUGGCUACGACACGCUCGUCAAACCCAAUUAACGAGCGCCAUAAUUGGCUCGUGUGCGCUCCGGACUACUGAAAGAGAACUGCAUCGCCAAGGGGGGUUAGGAAGGUUUUAGGCACGUUGUAAAGGGUUCGGGGAGGGAAGAGGAGCAGCGGUUAGAGGGGAGUAGCAGGGAGCGAAGGUAGAUUUAUUAUACUUGUUUCGGUUGCCUUUUGGAAAUGAAACGCCUUUCGCAGCGAGAGGCAGGACUGGGGGCGACCAAGGGGUUAUUGCACGUGGUAGAAAGGUAGGGAAGAGGAAGCGUUUGAAGCCGAUGAGGUGUAAGGACAGAAGAGAUAGCGGUUGUAUAUACUCGUAACGGCAACACUGCCAUGUCUAGCGGUCCAAAGAUUGGUGUGAGAGGCGCCGUAGGAAACAAAGCGGCGAGAGCUGAGAGUAAAACCAGCAGGUUGUUCCUGUCGCUCGACCGGUGACAAUGGGGACGAGCCCAUGAUACCCGUCCUCAAGCGUCACCCAAAAUCCGCGCUCGAGGAGCUGUAACUCGCACAUCAAGAGUUAUCGCCUGUCGCGUGUUUGGCCAGUAGAGUUUGAAAUGCGGGUGUACAUAGACACAGGUGUGUGGUUCUCUGUAAAUGUGUUGUACAGUCUCGAGUGCCAAGUACAAUUAAAUUCCUGACAGCC